AUGAGCUGGAACUUCCUGACGAGUUUGUUGGAGGAGAUAUCUCUGCACUCGACGUACCUGGGCAAGCUGUGGCUCACCACGUUCCUGAUCUUGCGCAUCAUGCUGACGAUCGUGGCGGGCGAGUCAAUCUACCACGACGAGCAGAGCUCGUUCAUGUGCAACUCCCAACAGCCGGGCUGCACGAACAUGUGCUACGACACCUUUGCUCCCCUGUCCUACGUGCGCUUCUGGAUCUUUCAGAUUAUCACCGUGGCGACGCCAAGCAUUCUCUACCUCGCCUUCGCCAUACACAGGAUACAGAGGUCAGAAAGCUCGCGGGGCGACCAAGGAGGGGAGUUUGCCGACGAGGCCGGCGCCGGCAGCGGCGAGGUCAAGAAGAACGACUACAGACGGCACGACGGGCGUCGCGCUAUCAGGGCCGACGGCCUCAUGUGGGCCUACGCGCUGCAGCUCGUCCUGCGCACGGUGGCCGAAGCGGGCUUCCUUCUGGGCCAGUACGUGAUGUACGGCUUGGAGGUGAUCCCCCGCUUUGUGUGCCCCCGCCGCUACCCCUGCGUCCACUUCGUCGACUGCUUCGUGUCGAGGCCCACGGAGAAGACCGUCUUCCUGCACGUCAUGUACGCCGUGGGCUGCCUCAGCCUGGCUCUCGAUCUGGCCGAGAUGUGGCACCUGGGGAUGGGCGCUCUCAGGGACGUGCUGCCGGGCAGCCGAGCCAAGCGCCGGCAACGGAUUGCGAAGGUCAAUCCUCCUCCCCCUCCUCCUCCUCCCGACGCGGCCGAGACGGAGGAGGCCGCCCCCCGGCGGAUGGCGAUAGCGGCGGCGGAUGCGUUGCAGCUGCAAGGCUACCUGCGCGCGAUAGAGCGGCGGCUGGACCUGACGAUUUCCCAAUCGCCCCGACGGGCCAGGGCAGCCUGGGGACACGGGGAGAGCGGAACAGGGAGAGGUGGGGCAGGCGGAGAGGGAGCACGGCGGGGGUCUCCGGCCUCGCACUCGGCCGCGGUGGCCGUGAGCAGAAGCCCCCAAGUGCAGCCGGGAAAGAAACACGAAGCAGCAGCAGCAGAAGUGGAAGAUUCCGGAGAAAAACAAGAAGAGGUCAAGGCCGCCUCUAGGAAGGGAAGGGCUGUCCGAUCGGAGAAAUAUCUACCCAUCUCAGUUUAA